GUGUGUGAGAGAGAGAGAGAGUCGGAGAAAUACAGAGAGGAAAAGAUUAGUGCCAGGGACGACGCACCGGACGUGCAGCGUGCAGCGUGCAUGCAUACGUACAUGCGGCGGCGACAGGCGGCGGCGGGAACAGCUUUUGGGCGCAAAACGAACACUCAAACAAAUCGUCACACCGCCCGCGCGCGCUGUCUUUCGCUGUACGGUAUAUGGUUCGACGCCACGGGAGCGGGAAAAGAAAAGAAAAAAGGAAGCAAGAAAGAAAUGCAGGGGGUGAGUGAGUGGUUUCACGAUGCACGACUCUCUCCUCCUGCAGGAGAAAAAAAAAUUAAAGUACAAAAAACCUCCGCGAUAGCAAUCCAUCUAUGCAUGGAUAUGCAGCUUCCAGGGGAGAGAGGACCGACGAACCUUGGGGACUUUUGGCGUGAUUCGUCCUCCUGGGAAUUUCUCCGGUGCAGAGUUUGGAGAUGCAUGGGACUACGGCACGUCGAAACCAGGAAUAUCGUCAGGGUGAAGAAGAUAUGGGGUUGUUACAUGUCCCGGAUAUAUCGCGCAGCAUGAGAUGUAUCAUCAUCCUGAUUGCUGCGACGGGGACAUGAUGAAGCCGCGGUUGAAGAUGGCUCCGUCGUUGCUCCCCUUUCUUUUCUCUCUCUUCCGGACUCGCUCUGCUCGCGAAAAAAACCCGGUUUCGGAUUUGUGAUGGAUAACAUCACAGGUGUUUCGUGGUGGAGUCCGUGGAUAGACAGGGUUCUUUUUUUCCCUUUGUGACCCUCUCGUUCAUCGUAUCGCUUUUACGGGUUUCUGGCGCGGGCGCGCGCAAGGACGUUGUGCUGUAUGUGGUGAGUGAGCACCUGGGGCAAGCGGUGGU